CCCCCCCCCCCCCCUCCCCGCGGCUCUCUCUCUCUCUCUCUCUCUCUGUUCUAAUAUUAGCAGAUUGGUUUCUCGGGCGGAAACGAGGCGAUCUGGUGGCAGAGAUUUCACCGCUCAAGGAAUUUCUGUUCCUUGAGCUGUGAUUCUGAUUCUAUGUCCAGAGAUUCUCUGUGAAUUUCUUGUUUUGCAAGCACUUAAUGAGAGACAUCUCUCUUUUUUGCUUAUGAUUUUGGCGUUUGCAGCCUCACCCAUUCAACUACUGGUGAUUUGUCUCAACACCUAUAUUUUAGAUUCCCAUUUUCCUUUUUCAUCCAUAUUCACAUUCUGAAGGCAGUGGAAUACUACCCGUCUUGUUGUAAGGGGACUGGAUUACUUGAAUAUCCCAGCCGUUUGACUUUAUCGAAUUUAAUCUUCCAUUCUUUGAUUUCCUUUCCAAAAUGAGUGUGUCAAACCUGGACGAACCCUUAGUAUCUCCCUCCUCAUCGCGGAAGCUUCCUGAUUUUAAAAAAUCCAUCAAAUUGAAGUACGUGAAAUUGGGAUACCAUUACCUCAUUACCCAUGGCAUGUACCUAUUUCUAACUCCCUCAAUUGUAGUCGUCGCAGCUCAGCUCUCCACAUUUUCACCCCAAGAUCUUUAUGUUCUGUGGGACCAUCUCCGCUUCAAUCUCAUAUCCGUCAUCCUAUGUUCCACCCUUCUGGUUUUUCUGUCAACCCUUUACUUCCUCACUCGCCCUCGUCCUGUUUAUCUUGUGAAUUUCUCAUGCUAUAAGCCAGAAGUUGCUCGUCAAUGCACGAGGCAAAUCUUUAUGGAAAGGUCGCGCUUGACUGGAUCUUUCAAUGAGGAAAAUCUCUGUUUCCAACAGAAAAUUCUAGAGAGAUCAGGCCUCGGGGAGACGACUUACCUUCCAGAUGCUGUUCUUAGAGUACCUCCUAAUCCAUGUAUGGAAGAAGCAAGAAAAGAAGCCGAAACUGUUAUGUUUGGUGCCAUUGAUGAGCUUUUGGAGAAAACCAAUGUGAAACCUAAAGAUAUUGGGAUUUUGGUUGUGAAUUGUAGCUUGUUCAAUCCGACACCAUCUCUGUCUGCAAUGAUCGUCAACCAUUAUAAGCUUCGAGGGAACAUUGUUAGCUAUAAUCUGGGUGGAAUGGGUUGUAGUGCCGGUUUGAUCUCCAUUGAUCUCGCUAAAGAUUUGCUUCAAGUCCACCCCAAUUCAUUUGCUUUGGUAAUAAGCAUGGAAAAUAUUACUUUAAAUUGGUAUUUUGGAAAUGAAAGAUCGAUGCUCGUCUCGAAUUGCUUGUUCCGAAUGGGUGGGGCUGCGAUUUUGCUUUCCAACAAAAGGUCCGAUGGGAGGUGGUCCAAGUACCAGUUGGUUCAUACCGUACGGACCCACAAGGGUUCCGACGACAAAUGCUUUUCUUGCGUUUUCCAAAUGGAGGAUCCAAAAGGAAAUGUUGGAGUCGCUCUGUCAAAGGAUCUGAUGGCAGUUGCUGGAGAUGCUUUGAAAACUAACAUUACCACUUUAGGCCCACUUGUGCUUCCCAUGUCUGAACAAUUGCUAUUUUUCGCAACAUUAGUGGGGAAAAAACUUUUUAGAAUGAAGAUAAAGCCAUACAUCCCCGAUUUCAAAUUGGCUUUCGAGCAUUUCUGCAUACAUGCUGGGGGAAGGGCUGUGUUGGAUGAAAUUGAGAAAAACUUGCAGCUUUCUGAUUGGAACAUGGAGCCUUCUCGGAUGACAUUAUACCGAUUUGGCAACACUUCCAGCAGUUCUCUUUGGUAUGAGUUGGCGUAUACGGAAGGAAAAGGGAGGGUGAAGAAGGGAGACAGAACAUGGCAGAUCGCGUUUGGAUCCGGCUUCAAGUGUAACAGUGCAGUUUGGAAGGCUCUGAGGACUAUUAAUCCUGCAAAAGAGAAGAACCCUUGGAUGGAUGAGAUCGACCAGUUCCCAGUUGAGGUUCCAAAGGUUGCUGCCAUCUGAAAUUGUACCAGUAGUUUCCCAUUCAUUGGUGGUGACGUUUUAGUGGUUGUGAAAUCUUGUGUCUUGUGCUGUUGGUGGAAUUUGAAUUUGUUUCUUGUGGGGAUGUAGGUAAUUUGACAAGGUUAUUCUUUGUGGUAUUUGUGCAUUGUUGGGAUGAGGGUAGGUAGUGUUCUUUUUCCUUCUCUUGUUAUAUCGUUGGAUUAGGUGUUAAUUUAUGCUUUGGAGGUGUAAUUUGGCAAUAUUCCAGGAUUAAUUCUAUUCUUAUGUGGAGCUAUAUAUGAUUGUAAUUAGUUGGCCUAGGGAUUUCGUUAGGAUUAUUGUGAGGGCCAGACUAAGAAAGAAUUUGUGCUUCUCAUGUGGAAUGUUUUACGAGUUGAAAUUCAAAAGCAUCUGUUCGGGGAUUUA